UUUGUAUUCAGUUUUGUGAGACUAAAACCAAUGGUAAGUUACAGUUUGUAAUACUCUUUGCAUGCACUCCACCUGAAAAAAAAAUAUCAAAUGCUUUUGCUUUAAAAUACUUGAUAGAGUGAAAUAUAGUCUUUCUUCCUUUGCUUUUUUUUUCAAAAUGUUUGUAAACAAAUUAUUUAAUUUUUAGAAUGGAAUAUUUUAAAACUGUUUGAAAUUACAUUUAAUUGAGAUUUUAUUUUAUCGUAAAUCUAUUCGAUUUUUAUUUCCACUUAACAUAUUUUGACCAACGUCAGUAAUGUAAGUAAGAAGUAUAACUUUAAAAAAUCGAUAUAUAUUAUAUUUCUAGAACAUACUUCACGUUAUAAUAUAGUGUUACUGUAGAAGCAAGAUGGAGACUGCAAGAUAAAGAGAAAAAUAGAGAUUGCGAUGACGAUAAGUUUCGAAUGCCAGACUAAAAGACUGACAUUCUGUACUUAUCUUAGAUUUGAUUAUUCUAUAUAUUGCUUUUGUGUGCAAAUGGCCAGCAUUGUACAGAUAGCAGUCCCUUGCUGUCCUUUAAAUUAAAAGCCUUAGUUUUAUUCAAGUUUAAAAGUAAUCUAAUAAAUUAUUAUUUGUAAAUAGCAAUGGUUUGGAUAUCAUCCUUUAUUACGGUAUUAAAUAAUGGUAUUGUUCUUUUCAAUAAACCAUAUAGUCAUAUAGGAGAUUACAUUCUCAAAACUUAUAACGGUAAGUAAAAAUAGUUUAUCCUUAAAACUUGUUUAACGUAUUGCUUUUCUUAAAUAUACUGUUGCACGUAUUUACAAAUAUUAUGUUUAAUUAAUUCAAAAUAUAUUUAGUUCGUUUUAUGAUCUUAUAGAGGGAUGGUUAACAUUUAACACGAGGCCCGCGGGCCGCAUGCUGCCCGACGGAAGACACAUUAAGAACCGCAGAGCUAAGUCAAAUGAACAUAAAUAUUAACUUUAGUGUACAUAUCACCAAAAGAACAGUACAUCAGGAGUCGUUCAUAUAAUAUUCUUUAAUUACGCCUAAGAGAAAUUUUAAAUAUGUUGCAUUUUUUAAAACCAUUUGUUGGUUUUGAGCUUUUUUUAAAUAUCAUGCUAAUUGCUACUCAACGUUACUUAGUUUUUUUUUUGUCUGACGCUAGGUGAUGAUAAAAUGUAAUCUGAUACUUCAACUUCUAAUAUUAUAUAUGUGCUUUGGUCUUCUACAUCUUUGGGAAGCUCGCAACGCUAUUGGGCUAAUUUUCAUAAUUACUUUCUGUCCAGCUUGUUUCUUGUUGGUCUGUAGAUUUGUUCUAUUAUCGCCACUACAGCUUGAGAAAUGUUGCGGUCGACGUUAAAAUACAUAUUUAUCGUAUUUAUAUUUAGAGUUCAAACUACUGUAUUCAAGUAUCCUGUCUACCAUAUUAAUUCUAUCAGUAUGUAAACCCUUAAACGUUUUAUUUAAGUACGUUAACACUUUCGCUGCUGUGUGACGUACUGUACGCUCAUAUGCGGUACUUAUCAUUAAUGCUGUUGCUGUGGUUAGAAGAGAAGAAUCACAAAAGACUUAAGAAGUUUUCAAGACAAGGUGAUUAUAAACUAAUUGUUCAUGGAAAUUUAAAAAUAAAAGCCCAAACGAUUGAUAUGCAACGAAUCUGUUUCUGUUUCGAAAGAGUAUAACAUCAAACGGCACUACAAGGUACUGCAAAUAGUUUGUUAAGUGCAGAGGGAAAUUUCGUCAACACCCAAUACAAUGCUUUAAAAAAAAAAGCCUGCAAGCAAAAAAAUAUUUUAUAGAGCAAGUUCAGAAACAAGAUGAUAUGUAAAAAGCUACUUAUGCAAAAGCCAUCAAACUAGCAAUUAAAUUGAAGCCAUAUUCAACGGUUCAAUGGUUAAGGAAUGUAUGGAGAACGUCGUUGAAAUUAUUUGCCCUUAAAAGAAGAAGAAUUUCUUUUUAAAAAAUAAGUAAGUCUCGUCAUUGUAGACGACAUUGGCAAACCCAUUAAAGGUACUUGAAGAUUGAAAAGUCAAGCAUCCAAGUUGAUAAUUUUUUUCUCUAGCAAUGGAUGAAUGCAUAUAUAUAACAGAUACUGCCCAAAAUGAUUUUUUUUAAAUUGUUUGUGUGUCUAUUUUAAAAGACAUAUGAAUUAGCGGCACUGUAUCCAUUUAAGGACCCAACUAAGUCAGGAAAUGUGUUAGAGUAUUCAGCUACAUCGACAAAAAAAUUGCUUUUCGUUACAACUUAACAACUUAUUAGAAUUAAAAAAUAAAUGUUGCUCCAGCAAUUGUUGGGGAAAACGAAUGUUCAGUAAAAUUGAUGAAAAGUGAGGCCUCCAAAGUCGGUAAAACGUCAUUGCUUAAUUAUGAUUUCAUUAUUCAUCAGUAGUUUUUAUGUUCUAAGUCCCUCGAAAUGGAGCAUUUCUUAAAAGUGGACUUCAAAAUAUUACUUUGCAUUAAGUCAAACGAGUUAAACCAACGUCAGUUGAAGAAUUCUAAAGUAUUUUUGGAUUAUAACGACGUUGCAUUUAAUGCAGAAGUAAGAUGGCUGACUCGUGCCAAAUUUUGGAAAUAAGUGAUUGAUUUGCAGCAAGAAUUAAUCAAUAAGAUGUAUAGUCAUAUUACUGCAUUUCAAUUUAAACAUAGUAUUUAAGAUUAACAGUUAAAGAAACAAAACUUUACUCACCAUCCAACAGUGUUUUUUGUAUCCAGAUGUAUGUGUAUCCAGAUGCCACACUGGGGCGGCGGAUAAAUACGCUUCGUUGAUAUUUUACUUAAACCUGGAAUUUAAAAACGGAUUUCAAGAUUUAACAAAAAAUCACGCUCGAAGUGCUUUUUUUGUGCACAUUCAUUCACGGUAGACGUGAAUUUAUUAUAGGAAAAUAUACAAAUGAAAAAUUGUGAAAAUUUGCUGUGAGGCACAAUUAAAGGAGAUACCCCAUCAAGUUUGUUCGAAGACUACUAUAAAAUAUAGUGGGGCAAUUAUAAAUAUCUUGAUUUUUUUUCAAACGCUCUCUGUCGAUGGUUUCGCAUUUUGCAAACACGUAUGUAUCUGAACAGCUGUUCAGUCGUAUGAAGCACAUCAAAUCAUAGGUGGGAACACGAACAAACAGAUGUUCAUUUGAAAAAUUGUUUGCGUUUUGCGACAACAUCAGUCGAGAUCCAUUUUGAUGCGCCUAGUUCUGCAAAAUACUGUCAGAUGUCUUACAUUUAAAUAUGUGUACAUUGUAUUAUAAAUAUGAAUGAUUCUCAGCAGUUACGUUUUAUUUCCAUCACACAAAAUUGUACCUAUUUCUUCGUUGCUGAUUUUAACUAUAAACCAUGAGGCAAGCGUUUCACCACGAUCUCACUGCGAAGAACGGUGCGGUCAAAGCUGUAGCACGCUUGCUUGUUUUCUUUAUUUAAAAACAAAAAAUUACAAGGUAGCCCGGCAAUAUUUUUUUCCUGAAAUAUAACCCAACUGCUGAAAAGCUUGGUCACCCCUGCUCUAAUCCGUAAACACGAUAUUCUUAUAAAUCAAUCUGAAAAUCACUAUAGAAUAAGCUCAUACGUUUAUUACGUUUUGCAAUUUUAUUACAUUUUUUUUCCUUUGUUCCCUGUUCAAUUUUGAGCGGAGUCGCAGCCUCUAAGUCGAUGCUUAAUAUGUAUUUUGUGUCGGUCUUCAGGUUCACCAAUACCCAGAUUACAAUAUUUAUUUUUGUCUAAAUCUUGUCAAAUACCUCCUGAUAUUAUUAUUUAUAUGAGCAUUUUAAAUAAAGUAUAUUAUUUAUGUUUAUGUCAUGAUUAUAGUAUGCUCUAGAACUGCUAAUGGUGGUGCACGGACCGGCUCCGGAAGAUGAAUCUUACUUUUCCCGUCCUUGGAUAUGAAUAUUAAUGGUUAAAAAAAUGAAAAUAAAUCUUGCGCCUGUCAAUGGUACGGUUUGGCUAAUUUCCUACCGUUUGGCAAGACUUAAAUACGCUGCUUAAAAAUGUAACAAUAUCUUAAAUGAAUUCUCUCUUUCUUAGGAAUUCCCAUUGAAGAAUCAGACAGUAUAACCCUCACCUGUCCCAACUUAGAGCGGCCGCAAAGUACAAAUGUAACCUACGAAAAUGGUGAACAAGAGACUAUCGCUGUGUUCACUGACACCAAUUGCACAGUUUACACAGAAGGUUCUCAUUGCUACACUAACGGUGGAAACGUCAGUUUUGUUACUAUACCAGUUAGCAACAAGACACGAUCUAUAAUCUCUUUCUCAUGUGAUUACAGUAAGGAUAUACCAGUACAGUUCUAUGGUAAUUUUAAUCCUUAUAAUUUUGAACGUAAAAUAUGCACUUCUCAAAAUUUGAUUAAUAAAAUAAAAAAAAAAAAAAUAAAGCAUUUUUGAUUUUAAUACAAUUAUUUUUAUUAAAAAUAUUUAGUGAAUGAGCUUACUAUUGUAUAAAUCUUAAGCACAUAGACCAUUCAAAAAUAGGAACAAUUAUUGUUGAAUAAAUUAAUUGAAACGAAUUUUUAAAAAUACGAAAAUAACUUACAAUAAAAUAUCAUAUAAUUAAUAUAUUAGAUAUAAAUAGACUGGACGUCCUAAUAUUAAUAUAGUUUGGUUGUGUGGAAGAAAAAGUGUGCGGUUCGCACAGUUGGGGGGGGGAUAUAUCCUAACUGGGAUUCUCAUAAAGUGUGUUACUUGAAUGCAUGUUUUGACAAGCGGCUUAACUAGAUUGAAAGUUCGCGCUCUGCCUUCGCCAUUGAUCGGCGAGUAAUUUCAAGACAUAUAAAAAAAAUGCAUAUCAUAAGAAUAGGUACAUAAAAUAUUUUUUUUUUAUACUCCCUUGCAGCAAGACCGAGUGAUCUAUUCUGCUACGAUCCCAUUCUGGACGCCACGAAAACCAAGAUCAAGAUAAAAUGUGAAACCACAAAAAUAUAUCCCCAUGCAGUGUGCGUUUUCUUAAAUGCGUUGGUAGGUUAUGUUUGUUAAAAAAAAUGUUAGCUAUAACAUAAAACAUGUGAAAAUACAUAGCAACUCCUCACAAUCCAAGAGUCAAUGGUAUGAGAAUCACUGUUGUUAACAUGAACGCUGUUGGGGUGUGUGAGUUGAGCAAUGAGAUUUAUUUAUGUUUUUAUUAUUGUGUCUAAUUUAAAUUAUAAAAGGAAACCAUAAGAAUACAAAUAAACACGUGUGUAGAUAUAAGGAAAGAUAGAGAGACAGUCGCAGAGAGGGAGUUGAUUUAUAAGGUAGUCAUUAGACAUUAAAGGAUGAUUAGCAACUGUGUUUUGGAUACGUUGGUGGUUGUAAGCACAAAUUGUAGCCAGGUGCAUUUGCGUUACAGACACACAUAAUAAAGAAGAACUCUAGUCAUAAAUAAAAUGUUUGUGUCCCCAAAUUCAUUGUUCAUGGGUAUUCACUGAUAGAAAUUGUUGCAGGGUGCCAUCGUAAAACGCUGCCAGAAAAUGCUAGACUAGAUGAAUAGAGUAGUUUAACAACGAGUAUAUAGAUAAACAAAACACAUUUUUAACAGUGAUGUGAUUUGAUUUUUUUUUCAGAACCAGUCUAUUCAAGGCAAUGUUUCCUACAGCCUACACGAGUCCUAUGGCAGUCCUGGUUACUACCGGUCUGACUGCAGUCUAGAAGUCACUGCACGGAAGCUGGUUUCAGAUCAUUAA